AUUAAGGAAGCGAACGUUUUAACAUACAGAAUCUAAUUUUAAACAAAUACUUAUUGAUCGCCGGAUUUAAUCUCUCCCAGCAUUUUCAUUGGCGUCACCCGAACCUCACAGGCUGCUUCGCAGCGUUUACAUCUCAGUCAUCGUUUUCGUCGCUGGGGGUGGAUCCGUUUAAAAACCCUCUGCUCAAAUCGCGGAAGCAGGAAAUUUACCGACACCUGCGAUGAUCGUGAAAAAGAGAGGCCAUACGUGUUUGAUCGCGUCCAGCAUGGUCUCAUUCAUCCUGCUCAUGAUGGUGCUGUACGGCACCAUCGGCGGCCACCAGCCGGGCAGCUCCGGCCUCAGACGCGACUACCAGCUACUGGGCAGACCUCUGUACAAACUGGACCUGAACUGGCCCAAGAACCCGGAGCUCUUCACCGGGGACGUGUUUGCGGUGGCUGUCGACCAGUAUGCUGGUGUGGUGUACGUCGCACAGAGAGGUGACAACAUGCCCAAGGUGCUGGUGUUCAGCACAGAUGGGGACUUUCUCGAGUCCUGGAACACCACCACUUUGGAGAUGCCUCACGGGAUGUUUUUAGCGGAUGCAGCCUCAUCGAACCCCACCGUGUGGAUCACAGACGUGGGCAAUGGCCCCUACGGCUACUGCAUCAAGCAGUACUCACCGUCUGGGAAGCUCUUGAAGGUGCUUGGAACGCCAGGGAAGCCAGGCUCUGGGCUCAACCCCCUGCAGUUUGACCAGCCGGCCGAGAUCUUCGUCCACGACUCCGGGGAAAUGUACAUCGUGGAUGGUGACGGAGGGAUGAACAAUCGCCUCAUCAAGCUGUCGAAGGAGCAGGAGGUGCUGUGGGUGCACGCGGAGAAGGGACAGGGCUUGGCUCAGUUCUACAUCCCCCACAGUGUGACUGUGGACAGUGCUCAGAGGGUGUGGGUGGCUGACAGGGGCAACAAGAGGAUCCAGGUUUUCAACUCCAUCACAGGAGACUGGUUGGGCACGUGGGGCAGCUGCUUCACUGAGGACGCGCCGUACUCGGUCCGCCUGACGCCGGACAAAAAGUACUUUAUAGUGGUCCAGCUCAACACCAAUCAGAUUUCGGUGCUGGAUGCUCCGCCGGUGGGUUUGAUCGGACAGUGCCGAGUGGUCAGUGUGAUCCAGCUGGCCGAAGAGGUGAAACCCCACCUCGUGGACCUGGACCUGAAAACCGGCGCUCUGUACGUAGCCGAGAUCGGAGCCCAGCAGGCUCAGAAGUUCAUUCCCUUCAGCCUGGGCGGAGGUUUGCUGUAGAGCACGUAAAGGCCCGAAAUGAUCAUUGGUGAUUCUCUCCCGCGAUUGAGAAAGGAACGUGUUAAUAAGUGUUAAUAAACCUUACAGACAGGCUCUUGUUUUAAAGGUCAGGCGGUCCUGCUCAGUCAUUGUAGUCUGUAGUAUUUGGCAGUAUUACUAUUUAAUACGCAUAGUGUGUUUUGAGACUGGAUUUUUCCCAGCAUGCUUCAGUUCUACAGUUUAUUCAAUGCCGCUGUUCCGUUCUCCUGCUCGUACCCGGACCGGGUGUGUUCAGUCAAUCAGGCCGAGCGAGGACUUUGCGGCUCCCGGUGAAGCGAACGCGUGGAUUUGAGAAGCACCGCACUUUACUUCACUGCAGACACUUUGGGGGCUCAGAGUCUUGUUGAUCGUCUGACCUUAGGCGUGUACCAUGUCAGCUCAAGCUAAACGUGAACCUGCUCGUCCGGCUUCGUUCCGAGGCUCGGUCUCCAGCUGGUACCUUAACGCCGGGCUGUUUGCAGAGUGUUGCUUGUUCUCACAGUGUAAUCAGAUUGAUCUGUAAAUAAGCUUUCCGUAACGCAUGGUUCUCACUGUUGUGGGUGCAUCGUUUCCUCUCUUGGAGCUUGACGUGUGAUGUUUCCUGUGUUACGGCGUCGGCAGUGUUUUGUACGUAUGAUAAGAGUGUGACUCUGUCCGUCAGGGUGAUUUAAUUUAAUCACACUGUACGUUCUUAAAAGAGACCUUUCUAACAGUGUGUUACAAACAGAAAGUGAUUACUGUCACAUUUUAUUCAUUUAAACAUGAUUUCCUGUCUCAUGUAGUAAAUGAUAUUUGCUGUUACGAUAUGUGCUUUUAUUCCUUCUUAAACAUUUAAUUCAGUCUUCUCUACUAGAUUUCAGACCUCUGUAUUAUUCUUUUGUAAAUUGGUGCAGUGUUGUAAAAUGAUGGUGAUGGAAGCCCAUAGUGGUGUGUGUGUGUGUGUGUGUGUGUGUGUGUGUGUGUGUGUGUGUGUGUGUGUGUGUGUGUGUGUGUGUGUGUGUGUGUGUGUGUGUGUGUGUGUGUGUGUGUGUGUGUGUGUGUGUGUGUGUGUGUGAAGGGAUCAGUCACAGUGAGAGCACAAUGAGUGAGGUGAUGUCAUUCUGGGGAUCAUGGAUUCCAUUUACACGUGAGUCCAGGAACCCAGGAGCUGUAAUUAAAAACCUUUACAAACGCA